AUGCAGGCAAUAGUUAGUUCUGGUUGUUUUUUCUUUGUCGAUUGUGUCCCCCAGUUCCUACCCCAGGUCUCUCUCAAAGCUCAUGCUACCAUCCUGUCCACCACUUCUCGCACUACAUUGACACAGUCAUUUCUUAACCCAUCCGACCACAAUUUAAAAGAGGCGUCCUAUCAGUUUCCUCUCUACGAUGGUGUCAGCGUUGUGAGCUUUAAUUGUCAUGUUGGCACUCGCCUUCUCCACAGCAAGGUGAAAUCUAAGGAACAGGCUAACACCGACUACCAAACUGCUGUGGAGAGACAAGAGUCAGCUGCCACCAUGGAUCAAUCUGAAACCCAGGGUGAUGUCUUUACCAUUCGUUUGGGAAAUGUUCCGGCGAAUGAGUUGGUGACAGUUGAAAUUACUUUCAUUGGUGAACUCAAAACAGAUGCGCAGAUGGAUGGAGUUCGUUACACAUUGCCCAACUCCAUUGCCCCUCGUUAUCAAAACUCCAUGAGCUUAAGUCAGUGGCAGCAGACCCCCAAGCUCUCCGCUCUGCUGGAUGGAAUAUCCAUCACGGUUGAUAUUCUGCUGGAAAAAGCAUCAAUUAUCCGAGAGCUUCAGUCUCCAAGCCACUCUCCAAAAGUCUCACUCGGUAGAACAUCCUCUACUUCACCAGGCACCAGUGGUUUUGAGCCAUCCCAGGCCUCUGCUACUCUCAACCUGCUCAAAACAACCCAGGCCCUUUUGGAACGCGAUUAUGUCCUGGUCGUCAAAGCUGAUGGACUUGAUAAACCUCGUGCACUCCUUGAAACACACUCGACUAUUCCGGGACAACAAGCCUUGAUGGCUACACUGGUUCCGAAAUUCAAUCUCCCACCCAACCAGCCGGAGAUUGUUUUCGUGAUUGACCGGAGUGGAAGUAUGCAAGAUAAAAUUGACACUCUGCAAAGUGCUCUUCGGGUUUUCCUGAAGUCCUUGCCUCUUGGGGUGUGUUUCAACAUUUGCUCAUUUGGGUCACAUUAUACCUUUCUAUGGCCCACUAGCCAAGUAUACGAUAGCUCAAGCCACGACGAAGCACUUCGAUUGGUUGAAAAUAUUGAUGCCUCCAUGGGAGGUACCAAUAUGCUACCGGCUGUAAAAGCUGCCGUUGAAAGACGCAUCGUGGAAAAGGAGUUGGAGGUUCUUCUUCUUACAGAUGGGGAAAUAAUGGACCAAGACGAUCUUUUCCGUUUUGUUCGAGAGACCGCUAAUGGUCAUACCGCCCGCUUUUUUUCUCUGGGUAUCGGCCAUGCUGCGUCCCACUCCCUGAUCGAAGGAGUUGCCCGAGCUGGCCAGGGAUUCUCUCAAUCAGUCCUUGAAAACGAAGAACUAGACAAAAGUGUCAUCAGAAUGCUCAAGGGAGCUCUCACUCCUCACAUCUACGAUUACAAGCUGGAGGUAGACUAUGAGACCACGGUGGAUCAGGAUUAUGAGAUUGUUGGUACAGACAGCUCCUCCACGACAGAGACUGGGGUUGAUGCCAGCGAUAUGGACCUUGACCAAGCUUCUCCAUCUAUUCCCCUCUUCAGUGAUGAUUUCGAGGAGGCCAAGUCAGCCAAUAACGCUGCAGCUCUCGCGGAUGAACUUCCUAAAAUAUCCCCUCCCAAAGUCCUCCAAGCCCCCUUCAAAAUCCCUCCUCUCUACCCAUUUAUUAGGACGACAGUGUAUCUUCUCAUGGACCCUGAGUCUGACAAAAUUCCGCGCUCCCUAACUUUCAAAGCCACAUCCAAACAGGGUCCUCUCUGUUUACGGAUCCCUAUCACCGAUAUCGGCCAGGGAGAAACUAUACACCAGCUUGCAUCCCGCAAAGCGGUCGUUGAAUUGGAGGAGGGGCACAGUUGGCUGGAGAACAUUAGAGAUGGUAGUGGCAACUCUUUUGAACAACUUCAUGCGCAAACACAGAGAAAAAUCGUUGCUCGUGAAUGCCAGAACCUCGGCAUCAAGUAUCAAAUUACGGGCAAGUACUGUUCCUUCGUUGCUUUGGAAAGUGACCCUGCCCAGACCACUCAAGAAUCCAACAAGAAACAGCAAAAUGAAUACGAGGCAGUAACAGGGCGACCGUCUACUUCUAACUAUCAGGCCAUAUACGGCAGACCUGUUCAGCGCCAAAUGCUGUUUCAACAGGCAGCAAUGAUGCCUGCUAUUGGGCAGUACUCCAGUCUGCCCGCAUUUGGUUGUGUUCCUGUACCUGGCGCCCACAUGCGCAGGACUGGUGGAUCACCUGGGGGGCAUGUGGGAUCGCCAUCCUUUAGACGUCUAUCGUCAGACUCGCAGCCUACUAUGAAGAUGAAGGUUAGGGCAUCAGCGUCAAAAAGAGCCGUACCUUUGUUUGGACAGGCGUCAGCAAGCUCUCGUUUCGGAUCAGCAAUACCGUUUGGAUCUGCUGCAACGCACGCAGACGCUUCAAAGUCUGUAUUCAAUAGCUCAGCAUCGCAGGUUCACUCAUUGGUUGGGUUGCAGAAUUUUGACGGUUCUUGGACUUGGAACCAGCAGCUUUUUGACAUCAUCGGACGUGUCAUGGAUGAGAUGCGCGCCAAUGUUGCUGCUAAACUUCAGCAAUCCGGCAAACGUGACCUGAUCGGGCAGCGAGAAGCAAAUUUUGUUGCUACUCUCAUGGUGAUGGGAUUAUUGAAGCGAGACCAUUUGGACUCCAAGAGUUUAUGGGAGCUUGUUUAUGAGAAGGCCGAUUGGUGGGUCCAAAAAGAACUGGCGGAGAUGCAUAACGAGAUCUUCGAUGCCCAGAGCAUUGGACAAUGGAUGUCCUUUUUCUGA